AUGAGUCAAGUGUGGAGUCAACGUAAACAUAAAUCUGGCCUGAAGAAGAGGUUCCAGUGUGUGUUUGAGGGGAUUGCUAAAGCAGGAAACCCAACACAUCUGAAUGAGAUCUACACUGAGCUCUACAUCACAGAGGGAGGGACUGGAGAGGUCAACAAUGAACAUGAGAUCAGAGAGAUUGAAGUGGCGUCCAGGAAACUAAAAAAACUAGAAACGACAAUCAGACGAGACCUCUUCAAACUCCCACCUGGGAGAGACGAACUUGUUAGAACAGUGAUCUCAAGGGGAGUGGCUAGUAUUGGCAAAACGGUCUUAACUCAGAAGUUCACUCUGGACCGGGCUGAAGACAACGCCUACCAGAACAUCCACUUCAUGUUUACGUUCUCCUUCAGAGAACUGAAAGUGCUAAAAGAAAAGAAGUUUAGUUUGGUGGAACUUGUUCAUCACUUCUUCACUGAAACCAAAAAUAACAGGAGCUUUGAAGAGUUCCAGGUCGUGUUCAUCUCUGAUGGUCUGGAUGAGUGUCGACUUCCUCUGGACUUCCACCACAGUAAGAUCCUGACUGAUGUCACAGAGUCCUCCUCAUUGGAAGUUCUACUGACAGACCUCAUCAGGGGGAACCUGCUAACUUCUGCUCGCCUCUGGAUAACCACAAGACCCGCAGCAGCCAAUCAGAUCCCCUCUGAGUGUGUUGGCAUUGUAACAGAGGUCAGAGGGUUCACUGACCCACAGAAGGAGGAGUACUUCAGGAAGAGAUUCAGAGAUGCGGAGCAGGCCAUCAGGAUUAUCCUCCACAUCAAGACAUCACGAAGCCUUCACAUCAUGUGUCACAUCCCAGUCUUCUGCUGGAUCACUGCUACAGUUCUGGAGGAGGUGUUUAAAAACAAAGAUGGGGGAAAGCUGCCCAAGACCCUGACUCAGAUGUACAUUCACUUCCUGGUUGUUCAGGCCAAAGUGAAGGUCAAGUAUGAUGGAGGAGCUGAGGCAGAUCCACACUGGAGUCCAGAGAGCAGGAAGAUGAUUGAGUCUCUGGGAAAACUGGCUUUUGAUCAGCUGCAGAAAGGAAACCCGAUCUUCUAUGAAUCAGACCUGACAGAGUGUGGCAUCGAUAUCAGAGCAGCCUCAGUGUACUCAGGAGUGUUCACACAGAUCUUUGUAGAAGAGACAGGACUGUACCAGGUAAAGGUCUUCUGCUUCAUCCACCUGAGUGUUCAGGAGUUUCUGGCUGCUCUGCAUGUCGAUAUGACCUUCAUCAGCUCUGGUGUCAAUCUAAUGGAAGACAAACAGCAACAUUCUCUGUGGUCUAAACUUUUCAGCGGUCCAAAUCUAAAUGAUCUCUAUCAGAGUGCUGUGAACAAGGCCUUUGAGAGUCCAAAUGGACACCUGGACGCUUUCUCCUUGGUCUGUCCCGGCCGGCCAAUCAGACUCUCCUAAAAGACCUGCUGGGGAAGACAGGAAGCAGAUCCAAUCAGGAAACAGUUGAUCACAUCAACAAGAAGCUCAAUGAGAGUCUGUCUGCGGAGACAAGCAUCAACCUGCUCUACUGUCUGAAUGAACUGAAUCAUCUUUGUCUGGUGGAGGAGAUCCAACAGUCUCUGAGUUCAGGACGUCUCUCUACAGACACUGUCUCCUGCUCAGUGGUCAGCACUGGUCUUUAUCCUACUGUCUUCAGAAAAAGAUCUGGAGGUGUUUGACCUGAAGAAAUGGUUGUGUCAGUUUUAGUGGGAGGACAUAAUUGAAUCAGUUAAUAAAAGUAUAAAAACAAUAAUCUCAGAUAAAAAAACACAAAUCUUCAGUCAAAUCCAACUUAUAAAUGUAUAACUAGAUGUAAUUUUUACCUGUAGAAGGUGGAGGGGCAACUGGGAGAUUUGGAACUUUUAAAAUCUUUAUUUUCACCUCUUACAUCCAAACUUUAAAUGUUACUAUUUUACAUGUCAGACAAUUGUUUGUAUAAAACGCAAAUAAACAGUUCACCACAAUUGAAUGUAUCUAAGACUAAUUGUUAAAUCUGUGAAGAUGGGGACAUAAACACAGACAUUUUUCCCUUA